GAAAUAUUGACAUAAUUCAUUAGAAACUGUCACAAUUUCUUUUGCGAAUUAAAUAUGGCAGCCACUAAAAUAAAAUCAGGAAAAAGCUUAUAUACAGACGCCGUUUCACCUGUUAACAAUAUUUUUAAAAAAUUAUCUAAAAGUAGUGAAUGGUACUCAUUUCGAAAACAACCCAUAGGUUGUAUAUAUUCGGCGGCUGCGACGACAGCAUCUAAAAGUGGUCGAAUGACGAACGAGGCACGCAUUUAUUUCGCGUUCAAGACAAUGCGCAAAGAAACUCCAGUCGAUGAAACAUUAGAAAAAAUAAUUUUCAAACAUGAUACUCUUGAAGUUAAUUUGAUAUCGGCCCUAAGAGACAGCUUGGAUGCGUAUCCUUUACUCACAGUUAUCAAAUUUGAGUUUUGUCAAUUAACAGCUAGACAUAUAGAAGAGUUGGCCGAAUUUUUGUAUCAAAUUAAGUCCGUAAAAGAAAUUAGUGUUAACGGGAAUCCAAUUCCAGAACAAAAUUAUCAUUUAUUGUUACAGAGAGAAAUUAUUUGUGUCUCGUUUAAAUAUUGUAAUAUAAACGCUGAAGGAAUGAAAUAUAUAUACCAGGAAUUAUGUACCCCCCACGAAAAUCCAUUACUCCAUUUAAAUUUGGCAAGUAACGAUUUGUACGAUGAAGGCGCCUUUUAUGUUGGGAAACUAUUGAGGAUAAACAGAAAAUUACUUUCAGUUAAUUUAGCAGAUAAUAAAAUAACCAGUACUGGUGUUGGACCAAUACUGAAAGCUUUACAAAAGUUUGAAAUCGAUGAAGAUGAAAUUAUCGAAAGAAGAAAAAUCAGAUUCGAUUAUCAAAGAAAAAUAAUGGAUUCGAUGUAUAGACAUAAAGAAGGAAAAAAAUCUAGAUCGAUAAGGAACAGAAGUAGAAUUUCAGAGAGACAAUCCAUUAUUAUACCUGAGGCAACAAUUGAAUUACCUUAUCAUCCAGCCUUGCAAGAUAGCGUCGAGGAAAACGGGAGAUGGUUUUGCAGUGGAAAUAAUGUUCUCUCGCAGAUAAAUCUAUCAUAUAAUAAAAUCAAGAAAGAUGCGGUUCCAUAUUUCUUAGACAUGCUAGAUUACCAAAAAUUACAGUAUACUAAUAACCCUGAUACUUUAGCAAUAACUAAAAUAUCUCUGGCGGGAAAUCCUUUGACCAUAGAAGAUUUGUAUCAAAUUCAAUUAACAUUAGAAAAAAAAUUCAGCAAUUCGUCCAUAAGCACCACCACUUCACUUACGGAUUAUCAAGAACAAAGAAUUCAAUCUACAACAUUUUAACUUUAUGUUACGUGUCAAUUUAAUUUUUUAAAUAAAAUAUAUAUUUCGAAUUCUA